AGUAGGCUAUCUCUAUAUUCCAACGGAAGUAUUAAAGCUGAGCUUCCGUCGCAGAAGUAGUCGAACAUAGACUCAAAACCUUGUGUUUUCUUUUUGAAGAGAAUGCAGUUUAAAGAUUGCUAAUUUUAAGCAGAUAAAUUAGAUAAUUUUCGCACUCCAUUUUAGAAGUGCAAGUAUAAUAGCAGACUUUGUCCUCAGUGAAAUAUGGCUUCAUAUGAUGCUAAUUUUUCGGCGGCAGGAUCUAAAUUGAAUCGUACAUUGUUGAAUUCUCAACAAUUAAGUGAAGCUUUUAUGAAUGUUUUUCUGGAAAAGCUUUCAUCAAGGAGUGCCUCUAAACCGAAACAAAACGACUCCCGGCAAGGAAACGUUCAGGCUCAGAACCAAAAGAAGACCCCGAAAGAGUCUGAUAUACCGGGCGUUGUAGAAAACUACCUAGUCGUAAAUAGUGCUUCUUCAUCGUUUUGUGUCUAUGCUUUUAUAAGAUAUUCAGUUUUGGGUUGUAAACUCCAAAGCAAUACCUCAAUACUCUCUAAUACCCAUCAAUGCAAUGAUGGAAGAAUUUCAAUAAAUCAAAGUAGUAGCAUCAGAGAAACUACAUCUCCUAAACUACCUAUGAUUAUCGAGCUUGGUCUUAGAGAAAUACUCAUUAUAAUUACUGAAUUGCGUUCAACAAAUCCUGCAUUAUGUAAAAGAACACUCGAAGCAUUGUUUAACAUUUUGUCUAAUCGUACACCUGAAAGUAUGAGAUCUGAACCUUUCUCAAUAAUGGAAAAUUUGUUUGAAGUUCUACUCGAUUUAACUUCUAAUAGUGACAAAUCAAAUGAUGAUUCUAAUAGUUUAUCAGCUUUAGCUUCUUCGUGCCUGUUCGCUCUUGUGCUAUGUUGGGGAGAAACUGGUUAUAUUUUAUCUGCAAUCAGUUCUAUCCUUAUGUCGACUUCACCUGAGAAAAAAAUGAAACUUCCAGAAGUAGCUGUGAUAAUGAGAAAUUCUGUUCUGGCUUACCUUACACAGAAGCACCAGCUCCCUGAUUGGUUUAGAUACGGGGUCCCAAAGAGUUGUAUGGUCUAUAAGAAAAUAAUAUAUCGCUUGACAUCAGCAGAACAUUGCGCUGUAUCAUCCGACGGAGUCUUCCUUUAUAUUUUCUCACCGAAUUUUGGGGCCUAUAAAAUUGGAACAGGGUGUUCCGGUACCAUUGAAGGUUGGAUCUAUGCAUCUAAUACAAUAUAUAUUUCCGAAAAAAUGAUGGGUUGGAUAGGAGCUUUUGAAAAGUUUGUGCUAUUACAACCUAACAGAAAUAAGCGAAGAAUAAAAGUAUUAUGUAAAAAUACCUUAACAGUACUCUCGAAAGUUGAUAUGUCUUUGGUGACUAACGAAGGACUCUUUUUCUCUGACUCAUUUUGCGUCGGUCAAAUAUCUUCACUAAAAAAUGGGGAUUUUAUUGUUAGAAAAUAUAUAAUUAAAGCUACUGGAGAAGAUUCUGUUGUCUUAGUUCCAGAUGAAACGAAAGAGCUAAAAUUAAAAUUAACAAUUCAGGGUCUACACGUAUGCGGAAACUUUUGUGAAGAAGGAGACUCCGAAGGAGUGAUUAGACCUGUUGCAAAUGUAGCUAGUCACGGCUCUAUAAAAAAUGAUAUUUUAGACGUUCAAUGUGGUAAAGAUUUUCUGUUGGCUUUGACAUCUGCUGGAAAUGUAUAUUUUAUUGGAAAUCCAAAUUCUGUAGGAGCUAAAGCACACUCUGGCGCAAUUGCUACGACAUGGACACUUUUGCCUCUGCCUAAGGAAGCAACUGGUUUGAAAAGCCUAUCAGUUGGAAAUGACGGGAAUUAUGCAUUGAUCUCUUGUCAGAAUGGUACUGUGGUAUAUAUCGGAAUUGCAAAGCGAGGAGAGGAUGGAGACAAUUCUUAUAGAUAUUACCGAAGAGGAUGUUUUACAUAUAAAAAUCUCAAACCAAGAAUCAUAAAGGGUUUAUUGGAAGGAGAAUGUAUAGUUUCUGUGCAAGCUAACAAUGGUAUUAGUGCUUUCAUAACAGACGAAGGAAAAUUGAUAUUACUUGGUAGAGAAGCUUCGGAUCAUACAAGUCGUUUUGGGACGGUGUCGAUAUUCAAAGACAAAAAUAUAUCUCAGGUAGCUUUGGGAAAAGCACAUACUAUUGUUUUAAGUUCAGACGGAUCCGUUUAUUCUUUUGGUUACAAUCAUAAAGGUCAGUGUGGUCGUAAGAUAAACCGACAAAACAUAAAAAGUGAAUCAGGAUGUUCUGUAAUAAAAAAACAAGAGAGAGUUUCCCUUGGUCCCAAUGAAGUAAGAAUAUGUGAUGAUGGUGAACACAAUUUUGUGACUGGCGAUUGUAUGAUAUGCACGCUGUGUGGAAAUUGCACUGAAUAUGGGAUGUUUUGUGUACUAACUGGUAACUCUAAACAUGUUCCUGGAUCAAAAUGUGGUUGCGGAACGGGUGAUGCUGGUUGUGCAGACUGUGGUCUAUGUAGAAUAUGUGUAAAUGAUGUACUACGGACAGAGGAGGAAGGUGAAGUAUUUGUCGAAAAUCGAUCUCGUUCACACCGUAAAGCUGGACCUUAUCAUAGAUCAAAAGAUAUUAAUGAUCGUGAUCGCCGAGGAUUUCAAAAAGCAUCAGAAAACCGAUUACUUUCUGCUCCUUUUGGUGCUUCGAAUAUUGAAAUGGAAUAUACUAAAACCAUUAUAGUCCAUCCAGACAUCAUAUCUAUAGAUACGAAAGUCAAGCAGGUAGCCUGUGGGCUUUAUCACUCAGGGUUGUUAUUAGAGACGAAAGAAGUAAUGACUUUCGGAGGAAAUUCAAUGGGGCAAUUAGGUUUGGGUGACUUAAUAAAUAGAGACACCCCUACAAAAGCAAGAUUACAAAGUGAGAUAUCGUAUCUUUCUACCGGAAAUAAUCAUACCGCUCUCUUGAGUGUCAAUGGAUGCAUCUAUACUGCUGGGAGUAACUCUAAAGGUCAGCUUGGACGAAAGUUGAACUCAGAUAAAAAAUAUUCAACUGAAUUUCAAAAAAUUCCAGGAAUAGGGGAUAAUAAUAAUACAAAAGCAACAAGAAUUAAAGCAAGCUCCGAUGCAACUUUUCUUCAAAUAGAAGAGUCUCUUAUUAAUUGCGAAGUUUUAAUGCACUGUGAAGUAUUUGCUACCAAUACAUCAAUUGGUAUAAUACCUCCUAUAUAUGAAGACCAAUGUAUGAUGAUGGUAAAAAAGAGCAGCGGAAGAUGCCGAAUUUUCCGUGGUGAACACCAAUUAAAUUUAGCGAAUAGCACUAUUUGUGGUGAUCCUGUAUACGACGUAUUGUAUACAUAUAAUUGGAAGAAUAAAAUUCUUUGCCAAUUAAAUAGUUUACUAUCGGAUGACAUUUGUAACGAAACAAAUUAUAGUCUCUUAAAUUCUCUAACAUGUCCUGAAAGAUUGCUCAGCUUUAAGAGUGAAUCAACAGUUAAUGAACAUAAUGUUGCUUUACUCAUUCUUGCAUGUAUUGAUAUUACAAGCAGAAGGAGUGAUAGUCCUUCGAUAAAUGACUCUCCAAUAGAAUUUCAUGAUGGAGUUAAAAAUGUAACCCGAUAUUCUAAAGAGGAUUAUAAUGUUGUCGACAGAUUUGAUCAUCAUGGUGUUGGCUGGGGAUACUCAAAUAAUGCUGUAGAAGCCAUUCGUUUUAUGGCAGAUCGAGAUAUAUUACUUGGUGGCUUUGGAUUAUUUGGUGGAAGAGGAGAAUAUUUGGCAAGAAUAAAGCUAAUUGAACUUGGUAUGGAUGGUGGAGAAAAUGAAAUAAAUGGGGAAAUCCUUGCCACUGGAAAUUUCUUAUAUGAAUGUUCUCCACGAUCAAAAUUCCCUGCCUUAUUCGAGGAGCCUGUUUUAUGUACCGCAGGGUGCUGGUAUGUUGCCGUUGCCUCCAUUUCGGGACCAAGUAGUGAUUGUGGUUCUUGUGGAUAUUCAUCUGUAAAGAUAAACGAACAAGUUCCAAUCAAUUUCAAGUUUAAGAACUCCAAAAAAUCAAACAAUGGUACAGACGUUAAUUCUGGGCAAAUACCACAAAUAUUUUACAAGUUGUACUCAAACUCGAACUCUUGUAAUGUCGUUAAAGUUUCGUCUUUUGACAGACUUGUAACACCAGAAAUUUAUGGAAAUAAUCAAGCUUCAACAAUUGCAAGUGGAGACCUCGUUUCCAUUGUAUCAUCCAACAUAGCAACUCUUACUUCUGAUCUCUGCAUUGAAUCUCUCUUAAAGCUAUUGCAGUGGAGUUGGGCAGCAUUUUGUUGUAAAGCCCCUGAAAUUGCAACUAUAAGUGGAAUUGGCUAUUUAGAAGGAGAAGCAGAACUGCGAAAAUUAGUCUUCAUUGCAUCUUCAUCUAUUAGAUUAUUAUCAAAAUAUGUUCAAAAGAACUCAAACAAAACAUCCGCUCUAUCGGAUGCUGGUCGCAUUUUGCGACGCAUUUUGACAGAGAGUACAGCAAGAGUCAAAUGGUUGCCUUUUGGAGUAGAUGGUUCAUUAGGUCCUCUAAAAUUACUAACAUCAUUACUUGAUCACUGUCAUGAUGCUUGGGUGCAAUGUUUUUCUUCUUUCUUUCCGACCCCUCAAAGAAUGUGGCAUUGCUUGUGUGAACUGCUAGGGUCAUUUGAUUCGAGACAGGGUGAAAGUGGUUUGGGUAACUCUAUUCUGCUUUCUGCUGUUUUCAAAGCCCUAUGUGAAGGACCUGUACGAUUAACCAGUAUAUUCCCUUUCUAUGGAGGAUGUGAUACUCCUGAUAUUCAACAGUCGUUAUGGCAGAGUGAUUCCAGUACUAGUCAGCAAGAAGCUCUAAAUCUCUCAGAUUAUGGUCAACAUGCUCGGAGCCCACCAGAUCUCAUGAUAUCAUCUUAUUGCUAUAGUUUUAAAGAAGUUUUAGACAGGAUUUUAUCAAUAGCUUCAUAUCCAGUUGUUUGCUUACUAAAACAAGAAUCGUGCACAUUACCCGAUUCUUUAAUAGUCAAUGCUUGCUCUCUACUACAAUGUUUGAUGUCUGAUUUUGUUAUUUCUGCAAAUGCUUUACAGGAUGAAGAAACCGGUGUUAAUCCAAAGACUCAUCCAGUUCUCAUCUCACCUAGUCGAUUUACCAGAACAAGUAUUACUUCAUAUUGGUCAACAGGUAAUGGCAAUGCCGAGGCAAUCUGCUUUGCCGUAGAUAGAUCAGGAAUCUGCAUAGCUGGUGCCUGCGUAUACGGAGGGGGGUCCUCUAAUAAUGGUGGUUCGCAACAAUUUGAGUAUGAAUUGGAACUUCUUGAAGACGUUGAUCCUGGUGCAGGAGAUAAAUGGCAGCUCAUAGCCUACAGCACAGGAUCUUUUACAAAUGACGAUUGUAUAAAUGAUAUUUUUCAAAUACGAUUUGAUAAAAUCGUUCUUAUCAAAGAGAAUUUUAAAUAUGCCCUAAGAUUUCGCAAUAGAGGUCCUCGAACAGUUCACGGUGACCAAGGUGUUACCCAAGUUCGCUGUCCAGAUAAUACAAUUUUCUCAUUUUCGGCCUGUCCUUUAUCCAGCAAUGGAACAAAUCAUAUCCGAGGACAAAUUCCUCAAAUCCUUUAUUGUAUUUCAUCAAAUGAAUCUGAUUCUAGAAUGCAAAGCUCAAAGCUCAUAGCUGAACAUAGUGCAAAACGAGAUGUAAUGAACAUUUGCCUUGCAGUUAUUACUUUAGCAAAAUCAUUGCUGAGUAAGGCACAAAUCUUAACUGAUAUCAAUCAUUUCAAAAAAUUGGCGUCCUUACAUUUUUUCAACUCUCUUAUGCCAGUUAUAUUAGCUCAUAUUGGACCAAUAGCUAUGAAUGAUAUUCAUAAUGCAGUUUUUUUACUUAAUGCUAUGAAAUGCUUUCUACCAGUUGUAGUGGAUUUGAACAAAAGACGAACGUCUCUGGUAAAUGGUAAUUUACAAGAAUCACCCAACAAGAAUCGUGUUGCUGGACCUACUGAUACUUCAAAUCCAUAUAAAUGUUCAACUAUAGUUGAAAGUAGCCAUCCUUACAAACCAGCAAGCAUUAAUCACUACACAGUAAAGUUUGAAAGCUCUAUUAAAUGGAUGAGUGUUGAAUUUGAUGAAGAAUGUUCAACUGCUCAGCCUGAGGAUAUAUUACGAAUAUUUAUCCCACCAAAAAAAGACAAUUCUCAACCAGUUGAAGUAGGUCAAUUCUCCAGUGAAAAUGGCUUUCCUCGUGUUGCUUUAUUAUUUCCUGGAAACGAACUUUGGUUUUGUUUAAAUUCCGUCUCAGAGAAAGCUAAAUCUGAUCAAUCUGAUUAUUAUGGUUUUAAAUGUGUUGUUAUGGGGUAUGAUUGCUGUAAAGAAAAUGGAUUAGCCCAAUUGGAAAACGAAUGCUGCUACCUCAGUUCUCUAUGUGCAUCAUCGUUAUUAUCUAGGCAGUUAGUUCUCCCUCCAUCUACAAUUGGUGAGCAUGAUACAGAUAUGAAGAAUAUAGAAGAACAGGGAAGCAUGACUUUCACUGAGCAAUGGAAACUACUUAGAGGGGGGCUAUCUUUACCUCGACUUCCAACAGCUCAACAGGCAAUAGAGGGUAUAUUACCAGCGAGUCAACCAUCAAAUGAAAAUGAUUUUCUUCAAGAUUUUGUCUCUUGUACUGCCGGAACCUCAGGUGGUCGUUUGGCUGAUUGGCUUCAAUCAGAAAGAAGAAUAGAUCCAUCGAAAUGCUCUAUUAUUGUGGUUGGCUCUAACCUUAGGUAUAAUGUACCCGCCACACUAAAAGUUAUAACAAACGACCAAUAUGGUCAAAGAGUACUCAAAUAUGAGGUAAAAGUAGACAUUGAAGUACUACCAGUUGGAAAUAGCGUUAAAUCUCGUCCAAUUGGUCUCUCCGAGCCUGAAUUGCACAUUCAAAGGCCUCAUUACGUUCCUUUCAAACCUAUUUUCUGCAUAACCUCCAGAAAUGUCGUAUACCAUUCAAUAUCUAUGAUGAAAGAAUAUGAUGAUUAUUCUUUCGAAGAACUUCGGUACCUUUUACCAGAAGAUACAACGAACAGUGGAGAUACUCUGCGUGUGAAGAAAGUAAUUGAUGGACUGUAUACUUGUCAAUGGAUUCCUCCAACUCCAGGAUGUUACGAGCUGAAGUUGAUGAUUGAUAAUAAAUCAAAUGGAGAAGUACUACGAGUGACUGUUGAAGACUCACCGGGUAAUCAUAUUGUAUUUGUUAAUCCACCUAAGCAAAUAAGAAAACCAUGCAUAAGAGGGCGAAUAUUUACAGAAAAGUGUUCAGCUGGUUUGAGGAUUCGAUCUCAGCCAUCUUUACAAGCUGAACAAAUUGGAAUAGUAAAACCAGCAGGUGUUAUUUACUACUUUAAUGAAAUUUGCAAUAAUGAUGGAGUUUGGGUUAGGUUAACUGCUAAAUCAAUAAACGAAUGGUGUCCUGACACGGUAGGACUUAGACGAGAUCUCUUACCCGAAGCCUGGGUUCUCCAAUAUCAUGCUCAUCUUGAAAGAACAUUCCUUUUACCGAUCAAAUCUGUAGAAAAUGAUCAUCCAUCACAAAGCAAAGAAAAUAUUAGAAUAAUGAGAGUCGAUAGGAAAUGUCUAUUGAAAGUUGAGCCUAGUCGUGGUGCUCAAAGUGUUGGGGUUUUAUAUCCCAAUGAAACAGUUAUAAUUAUCACUCAGAAGGAUCUUCCCGAUGGAGAAGUUUGGCUUAAAGUUAAAUUUGAAAAAAAAUUAAAUAACAGACCUUCAAGUUCUUGGCUAUUACUAAAAGAUAAUCAAAAAAUAUAUGCUUCUGAUAUAUCUGGGGGAGAGAAAAGAAUUGGUGAAACAAAUCAAGAAACCGACUCCUUGCCAUUGAUUCCUUUUGAUAUAGCAUCGCCCAGUUGUAAAAAUCCAACAGAAACAACUAUUUCAAGGCAAAAUGAACCUAUAGCAAAAGGCCUGAAAGAUCUGAUAAAUGCUGUUGGAGAAAGUCGAGCCAAUGGCAACGGUAAAACGCCCCCGAGAACGCCUCCACCGACUCCCAAAAAAACUCAAGCCAAAAAACGAUCUCCCAUAGACGAUGUAUCUCGCAAUCGAUCCACUAGUCACUCCCCCACGUCAUCUCCUUUGUAUGUACUACGAAAAAAGUCGUCUAAUACAACUGAUGGAUCUUCAAAAAUUGAAAAGACUAAUUUUUGUAAUGCAAGUGAUAUUUUACUUCCAUCUUUGGCUGAAUGUGCUCGAACUGUUUUCGCUGCAAUUCUUCUUCAUGAGGGAAUAGUUCACGAUGCUAUGACAUGCGCUACUUACUUGAAAUUUCAUACAGACUUGACGAAAACUGAUAUUCUUAAACUAAGCAACUUGACAGAUCCAGAUCAUGAAACUGAAUACCCAGCAACUUUAAGAUAUACAGUCGGAUUGUGGUCAAAAGUAUCUGGUCAUAUUUAUAAUGUGGUUAAGAACCAUCCAGAAAAAGUAAUAAUACCAUGUAUUCCUCAAUCAAAAGCAGAGACUAGUACCAAUGAAAAAGAAACAGUUUGUGAACUAUGCCUUCAAGUGGUUGAAAGACCCCCUUCCUCUCACAUGAGGCAAGAACAUCCAGGAUGCGGAAAACCAUGUGGUGGCUUUGGCUUUAAUAGCUCUGGUGUUUAUUGUAAUGGUUGGUCUGGAUCAUGUGGUGAAGGUGGUUCAGGAGGUAGUACUUGGUACUUAAUGUGCUAUCAGUGCUUUGCAAAAUAUUUGCGAGAUAGAACCGAAAAAAUGGACGGUGAAGAAAAGCGUGUCGCAGUAAAACCUAUUCCAUGCAUUUUAGAACAGAAAACUGAUUUAUCCUUUCAAGAAGUUAUUCGCCGCAAUGCAAACUUUUUAUUGCAACUUAGUCCCUCAUUUUCAGCAGCUACAGACGUUAUGGAUAUGACAGAGGCUUUUAUUACUUCAAAUUUUUCAUACGUUGAUGCUUCGGCUACUAAAUGGCAGGACAAAGGACAAAAAUUAGUAAAAGGUUUAAGUCGAUCACAAUUUGGACCAACCAGCGGAUCCUUGAAUGAGAUGGAGCCACAAGGGUUUAGGUCUUUAAGAUCACCUGCUCAAGAAAAAGCUAUAGACUCGUCAAAUGACCCUUCUAUUCUUCAUAGAAGUAUUUCAGAAGCUACGUCUAAUCAAGAAGCUAUCAACAAGUCUGGUCGUAAAAGAGCUCAAAGUACUGGAGUUGCGUAUUCUUCCAAAGAUAAAAUUAUGAUACAUCAGCCUUCUCCUGCUCUUGUAAAGCUUUUCAUGAAUUGUCAGGAUAACAUUGAUCAUGAUCCUGUUGUAAUAUUUGUGAAGAGUAAGCAAAACGUAGAUUUAUUAGAAAUGGCCUGCAAGCAAGCUAUUAGAAAGGCUGCUUGUAAAGUUUUUGCUCUUCAGGCCUUCGAUUGGCUUUUAAAAAUUGCAACACAGUCUUCGUGCAUACAUGACGUUCUUUGGUCUUUUAUCGCCGCGUUAUCACCUAUUGGUGAAAAUGGAAGCAAACUAACUCCCCCUCCUCCAGGUUCGUUUGCUGGGAAAAAUCCUGUUCGAGACAUCGAAAUAGCUGGCUUGGCCAGUGGUUGCGUAUCAAGAUUACUACAACGUUUUCUGCAGGAUGUUGCUGAUCUCAUUACUCAUCUAUCACCGUCUUCAUCAAUUCAGAUGAUGGCUAUUAGAUGUUUUUCAAUCGAUUUCUAUCAGCAGGAUCAUGCAUUCCUCCACAAGUGUCGUAUUUUCAACAGAAUUGAUGAAAUUUUGUCCAAGUCUGAAAGUUUAGGGGAUCUACAGAAUUGGAGACAUCACGAUGCUCAUCAUAACUCUUACGUAUCUAACUUUAUUGAACUGAAGAUUGAAAGUAUAACCGUCUCAAGUAGACCAGCGAUGUUAUCCAGUCUUACAGAUAAUAGCACAGAAACUUUUUGGGAAAGCGGUGAAGAGGACAAGAACAAAGCUGUAAAGACAAUUAUUGUAUUUUCCGAAUCAAAAAUUAAUAGAGCUCUCAUAUACGUUGAUAAUGUUAAGGAUAACUGUAACAGAUUGGCUCAGGCAACUUUCUAUGGCAAUUUCUCUCAAUCAAAUAUUGAAAAAAUGCUUUCAACUGAAGUGGAUAACAAAUUUAGUGGUUGGAUAGCUGCAAAUAUAUUACCCCCUUGCACGUCCGUUAAGAUUGAUCUAAAAAGUGUUGAUGCAACAGUAAGAAUUAGACAAGUGAAAAUUUUAACGGAGCAAGUUAUGACCGAUAUCACGUCCUCUAGUAUGAUAAGUCUGCAGCAAAACUUGUGUGAGAAUGAAACACUGAAGAUAUUUAGACAGCUGACAUCUCAGGUUCUUGGUCAAUUAUUUAAAGAAAAGCAUUCUGGAGACGACUCUAUUGAUUUAAGAGAUCAUAUGCUGGGUAUCCUUUUCUCCCGACCCAAAUUGAGCCAGAUGCAACAGGAAAUUUGUGCUCACAUUAUGAGAUCAAUACGCAAAGAAACUGAAAAAUUGAACUGCGAUACGUACUGCAACGAACUAAUCUCAAUGCUGUUGGCUUUAAGCAGUUCCAUGGUUGGCAGAGCUUAUCUAUCCCAACAACACAACUUGAUUCACGAUCUUCUUUUAUUAUUUCAUGGAUUUUCUGGAAGGGUUCAGAAACAAAUAUUAAAGCUCUUAAAGCGCGUCUUCUAUCUUCUGACUCCUAAAGCUUUUGCUGAAGUUAUAAAAAUCAGAGAGUUGCCUCCUGAUGAUUUUACCAGCUUGUUAGCUUCAGAAAAUCUUCUUUCUCAAGCGCCUAAACUACUAGACUGUCUGCUUUCGAUCGUGGCAAAGUCUUUAAAAGUCCAAUAUCGAGUUAAAGGACAAGGACAAAGGAUGGCGGCUAAAUUUGUGUCUUUCCAGGAAUGUGUCGAAAUAUCUGAUCAUGAAUGGUGGUUGAAAGGACACUCUGAUCCGUCAUUAAGUAAAGAAACGAUUAUAUUCAUUGAGAAUCUCGCAAAAGGUGCCAUAACUGAAGAAUGGGCGAGAAUAACAAAUGCUUGUUUAGCGCAGUCAACCUUAGCUCUAAUGACCGCAACUGAAACUGAUAGGAACCAUGAAGACUAUAUGAAAUCAUCGACAUUUUGGUUGGCACUUGCUGCUUUAUCAAUUUUACAACAAGAACAUGCAGCUAAAUUGACAUCGUCGGCGAAUAGAAAAACGGCUUGCGAUAAUCAUGACGACGGAGAAACAAGAGCCAUUUUAGAAUGCAAUACCUGCGGCUACUUGUGUGCCGAUUGCGACAGAUUCUUACACAUGAGUAGAAAGUCUCGAUCUCAUUUGCGAAAUGUUUUCAAAGAAGAAAAGGAAUCAAUUCGAGUUGAUUUACACGAAGGCUGUAGACGAAUAAAACUAUUCUGGCUAAUGGCAACCGCAGAUUCUUCCACAGGCAAUGUUAUAUUGGAAUUUCGACAACAUAAUUUGUCAACAUCGGGCGUUUGUAGGUUUUGCUCGAGCCCCGCAGCUAUGUCAUCGGCAGUUGGAAAUGUAUGUGACGAUCAGGAUUGCAAGAGACAUGCAGAAACAGCAUGUACGAAACAGCUAAUUUGUGGUCAUAUGUGUCAAGGUGUAGCGGAAGAACUUGACUGUCCGCCGUGUCUCAGCGGUUGUGGUGGCUCAAAACUCAAGCAAGAUGGCGAUGACAUGUGCAUGAUUUGCUUUAGUGAGCCAUUGUCGGCAGCUCCAGUUUUACAUUUAGAAUGUGGUCAUGUAUUUCACUUUCAUUGCUGUGAGGAGGUCUUAAGAAAGCGUUGGAUCGGACCAAGAGUAACUUUUGGAUUCAUUCUCUGUCCAAUUUGUAAACGACGAAUCAACCAUCCGAAAUUGCUACCAUUGACAAAACCAAUAAUUGAACUUUACCAAGAUGUUGAACGUAAAGCGCUGAUGCGAUUAGAUUAUGAAGGUUUCGAUAAAAAGGAAAUGAAUGAUACUAAAGAUGUAGCCAUAUUUGCUAUGAACAGAUACGCUUAUUACGUAUGUUCUAAGUGUGAAAAGGCUUAUUUUGGAGGUGAAGCUCGAUGUGAUGAAGCAUUACAUCUUAACGACGAUUUUAACCCUGAAGAACUAGUCUGUGGAGCCUGCUCUGACGUAGCGAUGGCUCAAAUGUGUCCUCGUCAUGGCUCUGAUUAUUUAGAAUAUAAAUGUAGAUAUUGUUGUAGCGUUGCAGUAUUCUUCUGCUUUGGGACAACCCACUUUUGCAAUAUGUGCCACGAAGAUUUUCAAAGAUUAACAGGUAUAUCGAAAGAGUUGUUAGCCAAAUGUCCUGCUGGUCCGAAAUCUAUUCAAUUGGAUGGAACCGAUUGUCCGCUUAAAGUAGAACAUCCCCCUACUGGUCAAGAAUAUGCCCUAGGCUGUGGUAUUUGCAGAAAUGCUCAUACAUUUUAAGGGAUCAAAAACGUUUAAAAAAUUGUAAUAUAUCGGUUCUUAAAGAAAAAUAAAUUCUAUACGAACUU